AUGCUUGCCUCGCUCUUGACGCUUCUCCUCCCGUUAUUCCUACGACGAGUUCUGCAGGAUCCCACUCAUAUCGGGAACUUUGUGGCUCUUUUUCUAGCUAGUGCGGUGGCUACGCUGGCUGGACGUGCCAAAGAUCAGAUCUGCCGAGUCCUAUCUGUUCGAGCUUCAUCUGUUCUCUCUAUGGCUAUAUUCCAAAAGAGUGUUCGUUUUUCGAACCUGGCGCAUCUCCGGAGUCCCGUGGGAAAGGUCUUGGGCAGCUCCACAACCGAUAUGAUGCUAGUCCGAAACUAUGUGCUCAAGGUUCAUGAUAUUUGGAGUAGUCCUUUGCAGUUGCUGCUUAUCGCGUUUAUGAUCGUUCGCCUGCUUGGUAUAUCUGGGGUCGUGGGUUAUGUGGCAAUGUCACUCCUUCUUUUUUCCCAGACUCGGGCGAACGCUGCGGUGGGUGUAGCAGUCGAAGACUACCUGCGCAUCGAUGAGGUGCGCAUCAAUCAUCUCAACUCCGCCUUCCAAAAGAUCCGCGGUAUCAAAUCGUUGGGAUUGGAGCCUAUGUUUCUCAAGGAGAUACGAUCAGCCCGGGAGAUGCAAUUGGAAGCCCUGUGGCGUCGCCUGCGCGUCGUCUUCUGCUUUUUUAUCUCCAUAAACCAGAUGAUUCCUGCAGUCACCGCCAUGGUUUCCUUGACAAGCUACUGGUAUACUGGCCAUGAGUUGGUGCCAGAGGUGGUAUUCCCUGCCUUGACAUUAUUCGAAAUGACAUUCUCGCCAGCCUCCAAAUUCUCCCUCUCGGUAACCCGUCAGUUCUCUAUUCUCCCGUGUGUCCGACGCAUUCUCCAUAUCCUGCACCAAACGGAACAUCGGCCUGCCAGUCACGAACCAGGAGAAGCCCCCCAGUCGAGCGAUGCCAGCGCCGGCAAUAUGAUCCAUUUCCAUGAUGCGAAAGUAUCCUAUCCGAACGCAGAUGACAGUGCGACUAGCUUUGUUCUAGGACCGAUCACCAUGGGUAUACCGGCCAAUAAAUUGACAAUCAUACACGGAGCCAGUGGAAGUGGUAAGUCCACGGUGCUUGCGGCCAUUGGCGGGCAAGCCGAGGUCAUUGAGGGUCAACUCCUACGAAAUCCGGCAACGAUGGCCCUAUGCACUCAAGACCCCUGGAUCAUGUUAGGUACUGUUCGUGAUAAUAUCACGUUUCUGCGGUCUUACGAGCCUGUGCGGUAUCGUCAAGUCGUCCGCCUCUGCUGCCUCGAGUCAGACAUUGCCUCGUUUCCGGGCGGCGACCUCGCAAUAGUAGGGGAGAGUGGCGCUAACCUCAGUGGUGGACAGAAGGCCAGAAUCUCUCUGGCACGAGCUGUCUACAGCGAGGCAGAUCUUCUACUUUUGGAUGAUUGUCUGGCUGCAGUUGAUCCCCGGGUGGCGCGCAAGCUGUUUCAUGAGUGCAUCCUCAAGCUGCCGCAGACCGUUAUUUUAGUUACACAUCAGGCCGAGUUCAUCCGAUAUUGCGACCAUGUUGUUUCUUUAGCCAACGGCAUGGUUGCGGAGGCAGGAAGCCCCGAGGAGUUACGAAAAUCCCCACAUGGCAUUAUUGGGUCAAUCCUUGUCGGUGAGACAGGGACUUAUAGCAAGGACCUGGAUGGAGUUAUGAGCAUGGAAUCAACGUCCAAGCCAGAUUCUGCUGAUUCCAAGCAGAUCACUUUGGUGGAGGAGGAGCGUGCCCGUGGUAAGGUUGACACUGAAUUAUAUCGAUUCUACUUUGAAUGUGCUGGAGGCCCUCGGUUCAUAAUGCUGCUCUCCCUCAUGCUCUUUCUCACCGUCGCUGUUCGAAUUGUCAACAGUUUCUGGUUACCAUGGUGGAUGGGAAAUGUGCUAUCUGUCUCGACACCUACUUAUCUUACAGGAUAUGCUCUAGUCGUCAUGCUACAGGCCGUCUUCAUUGCCUCAGUUGGGGUGAUUCUUGUAUUGGGAACGAUGAAGGCUAGCCGGAGUAUCCAUGAGGGCGUUGUCACCCGUCUCUUCCGCGCACCAUUGGACUUCUUCAGUGGACAGCCUCUAGGUCGCGUCUUGAACCGGCUAUCGGUAGAUAUCGAUGGAAUCGACUUUCGACUCAUCAAUGCGGGCGAUUUGUUGCUCAUGGCUGCAACAUCGCUGUUUGCGGCGGUCAUUGUGCUUGUCUGGAGCUCCCCCUACCUUCUGCUGGCCUUCGGACCGAUAUUCUACUUCCAAUACCGUAUUCAAUCUCUCUAUCGAGUGUCUGCCCGCGAACUCCGACGCGUUUGUUCUAUCCUAGACUCCCCCGUCCUCUCCGUUAUCACGGAGAGUAUGGCUUCGAUGCCGACGAUUCAGACGUAUGAUGCACGAGAGCUGUUUGAAGAACGUCACCGUGUAGCCCUUGGUCGUGCCAUUGUCGGAAUUACCGUCCGCUAUGCAUUGGAAACAUGGAUUACACUGCGGAUCGAGAUGCUUUCAGUGGCCCUGCUGGGGUGUGCGGGUUUGCUCGGGGUCUUCGGUGUGCUCGACUCGUUACAGAUGGGGCUCAUCUUCACCCUCAGCAUUUCACUGUCGAAGCAUAUGCACCAGUUUCUGUGGUCUUUGAUCAAUGUCGAGGUCGAGAUGAACUCCACGGAACGACUGCGCCACUACAUGACUCGGAUCCCGGUGGAAGAUGAUCACCGCGUGCAGCCGACGAGCCCAACCUGGAUGGGGGAUACUCCGGACGGGGCGCAUCCUUACAUUGUAAUCAAGUCUCCCGACUCCGAGUCCGAAGGUGAGAUCAUCUUCUCCAAUGUCACCGUCCAAUAUCCGCGCAGCCACAGCCCAUCCCUCCGCGAUUUCUCGAUGUGCAUCCGAGCGGGCGAGAAAGUGGGGAUCAUCGGACAUAGUGGCUCGGGCAAAUCGACUAUAUUGGCGGCUUUGUCAGCCCUCGCCCCGGUGGUGCACGGUCGGAUCACCAUCCGUGGGACUCCGAUCAACGACCUCCCUCUCACCACCCUCCGAAGCAUGGUGCACGUCCUCCCGCAAGACUCGGUCCUGUUCCCCGGCUCGGUGCGUCAGAACCUCGAUCCGCAGAGCUCUCACUCUGAUGGCACCUUACUCCAUGCGCUUUCCGUCGCCGAUCCUACACCCCACCGCACAAACAGCAGCGCUCUGCUGGACACCGUGAUUGCACCCGGGGGCACGAAUCUUUCGGCUGGACAGGCGCAGCUGAUCUGUUUGGCCCGCGCUCUGCUGGCCAACCCUCGCAUCCUCGUCCUGGACGAGGCGACCUCGAGCGUGGACUUGCAGACGGAGAACCAUAUUCAGCAGGUCUUACAGGAGCACUUCCGUGAUAGUAUCAUUUUGUGUGUGGCGCACCGUCCGACGAGCGUGGCGUGGAUGGAUCGAGUGAUCGUCAUGGCAGACGGCAUGUGUGUCCGCGAAGAAGGCCGUGCGGGUAUUCGUGCGGAUGUUUGA